AGCUUGACGUUGGAGAGCACAUGGAACCAGACGAUGCUUCCCACCUCCAUCCAGGAAGGCUCGGUGAAGCCCCCUCCCUUCGAGCUCCCCACGCAUUUCCAAGCUCCCUUUAUAUUCACUCCACCACACUCCCCAUCUUCCACUCCACAAUUCAAACUCGAAUUUUCUCUCCUCUCUCUCUCCCUAGACUCUCCAUCUUCCCACGAUUUGAACACUCUCUCCUGCUUGACUAAUCUCCAAAGGCGGAUUGAUGGCCUCGACACAGCAGCAGAGCUCCACCCUGGAACUCAUCAGGCAACACCUCCUGAUCGACUUCUCCUCCGUGGACACCUUCCUCACCAGCCUCGACGCUUGCACUUCCAAGGUGGCGCCGGUCCCCGCCGCCGCCGCCGCCUCCUCCCCCUCCUCCGGUUCCAACUCACCCCAGACCUCUUUCAGCUUCCAACCCAAUCCUGCCCCUCUACCCCCCAAGCCCCCCAAGCCGUCCUCGUCCACCCUCAGCUCCCGCCGCCCGGCCAUCCAAGUCGCGGUCCCCGCGGCGACGAGCUUCCUGGCGGCGCCGGCUGUCCCCCGGGCCGAGCCGUCGGGCUCCGCUGGCGGCGACGACGACAAGCACUACCGGGGCGUGCGCCGGCGGCCGUGGGGGAAGUUCGCGGCGGAGAUACGCGACCCGACGCGCAAGGGGACGCGCGUGUGGCUGGGGACGUUCGACACGGCAGUGGAGGCCGCGAAGGCCUACGACCGCGCCGCGUUUAGGCUCCGCGGGAGCAAGGCCAUCCUGAACUUCCCGCUCGAGGCGGGACGCGACGAGCCGACGUCGACGGAACCGUCGCUGGCCCCGGCGGACGCUUCUCGCAAGAGAGCAAGAGAGGAAGCCGCCGCGGAGAGCGCCGAGUCCGAGAUGAGUGCCGGCGGCUGUUAUAAAGUGGUGAAGAAGGAGCAGCAUGCGGACGUGGCGAGCGGCAGGGAUACAUGUCCGCUGACGCCGUCGAGCUGGAGGGGGUUCUGGGACAUUGGGGAAGGGAACAAGGAGAGUAUAUUCAGCGUCCCGCCGCUGUCGCCGCUAUCUCCACAUCCAUGCUUCGGCUAUUCUCAGCUCAUGGUCAUAUGAGGAAAGGCCAUAGAUCACAUCAUCGAUUUCAAGAAAUGAACUAUGACUUUGCUCAAUCGGGGGACUGCUGUUGACCCAAAACCCAGAACACAAAAACGGAAGAGAGGGGAAAGUAUCUACGAUCAUUUGAGUUAAGUCUUAAUUCCUUCGAAGAUGAGGGAAGAUGAUUAAACAAAAGAAGAAGAAAGUAGUUUGAGUGUGAGUUUGAGUUUGAGUUCUUAGAUUAGUGUAUAUACGAGUGAGGUUGCGGGAGAAUGUGGUGUGGGUGUAUUUGCCAUGGAAGGCUAAUGAAUUUGUUCAUUCGUUCAUUAAGAAUACAUCCGGAGCAUGAUUCUUGUCAA